AUGCCAUCCUUAAACAUCCUCCGCCACGAUGACAUCUUCAGAGCCAACCCCACGGCUACGGAGCCGCCACCGCCUAAACCCUACCGGAGGUUGCUGCCUCUGCUCCUCAAGGCCAUCGUCAUGCUCGUUAUAAUCUCCCUCUUCUUCCUCUUCAUGGGGAUCGCGGCCUUCGCGGCGCUCCAUUUGCUCAUCCCCACAGGCGCCUUCCGCGCCCUCCACCGCCGCCGUCGCCUCGCCGAUCCCGGUUACCCCUCCGGCGCCGCCGUACCGCCGGAGGAGCUCCUGAAGUUCCUUCCGCUGGUUAAGUUUGCAGCCGGGAUGGCCGAGACGGACUGCGCCGUGUGCCUGGAGAACUUCAAGGAAGGAGAUUGGUGCCGGAGCCUCCCCGAUUGUCGCCACUUGUUUCACGCCAAUUGUGUGGAUAAAUGGCUCACGAAAGCGGCCAAUUGCCCCAUUUGUCGUGCCCGAGUUCGGCUGAAUUCCGGCGCCACCAAUUCGGAGAUGGGGGAAGAUGAAUGCAACUUUUGGUUGGCAGUUGGGUUUUGA